UUGAACGAACAAGGAUCGGAGAGGGCAAGAAAACUUACAUUCGUCAAAAUAAUGACCUAGAAUAAGGAACACGCAGAAAUUAUGUGACAAUAUUGUGAAAAUAUACAUAAUCUGUUGAAGGAUAUUCAAAGAUUAAACUGUCAUUAAAUAUAACUAGGAUUAUUUUACUUUCUUCAUCGUGUGUUUCGACCUAUAGAUUUUGGACAAUUGUAGCCAUGGGUCUUUUCGGGAUGUUUAGUUUAUUUAUUUUCUGCCUGUGUUUUGGAUUAAUAAAAACGCACAAUUCCGACUUGAAAUGUGAUACAGUAAAGGAGGAAUUUUCAAAAAUCAGCAAAGACAAUUUGGUGCCUGAUUUACCAACGAUAGACGAAGGCCUGCGUGUCUGUUCACGGUCGUUGACAUCCCAGCAGGCGACGUGUUGUUCCCAGGACAGUGAGCUCGCGUAUCUGAGGGCAUCGGAGAGUUAUCUCCUCAACAACGUCAGGGCCCGCAACUCUUUCCUGAAAAUCAAACUCACAACACAUCUGGCAGACUAUCAAGGGAAGGUGCUAGCGUUGGUCCACCACACUUUGAACAGUACGAGUGCCAAAUUGACGGAGUGGUACGGCAUUCCGCCAGAGGAACAUAAACCUAUCGUACAUUCAUUGUUCUCAACAGUAGAACAGUAUAUUUCUCUAAAAAAUGUGAUAGUUCAGGAUAGUGUAUAUACAUUUUUUGACCACAUCUUUCCUGUGAUUUUUAAAAAUGUGAUUUACCAAAGUUCACAAACGUGGACGCAUCACAAUAGUCACUGUUUGACCACGCAUAGACAGGCGAUAAAACCGCAACCAUUCGGGCAAUAUCCGGAAGAGAUUUCCACAAGUUUGAGUAGCGGAUUGGCAUUAGCACGAGCAUAUCUAGAAGCAUUGAAUAUUAUUUUGGAGACAGUUAAUACGACAGAUAAUAUUUUGAUUGAAGAUGAGUGUAAGCACGCGCUCGUGCGUCUCCAGUAUUGCUCACACUGUCGCGGUUUCGUGAGCGUUAAACCAUGCAAUGGCUUCUGUUUGGAUGUCAUGCGAGGGUGCCUUUCGAAUAUGGCUGAAAUCGGCUAUGAGUGGAAUAACAUCAUAACGUCUGUGGAAGGGUUAGUUCGUGAGAUGAGUGAAAAAAGUCUGGAUGAAGUAUUUAAACGCCUCAGUGUUGGAAUAACUGAUGCCUUAUUCAAUGCGGUCACAUCAUCUUCAAAUUAUUAUGAAAAUGUGGCAGAGUUAUGUUCCAUCACCACAGCAACGACUGGAGGGGCACGGCCAGAACCCAAAACUCCAGACAUUUCCCGUUCAUCUGUGAGCCAUGUAGAGGUGAUGGGUCCACUGUCCAUGGACGUUAUGAAGGUCACCCUUGACCUUGUCGAUUCCAAGGGCCUCUAUAGCAAUCUGGCAGACGACAUUUGUGCCGAGCCUGCCAAGUUUGAACAAGAUCCGCUCAGUGGCACCUGCUGGAACGGAACAGAAGUGUCUGUGUAUGUUCGAAGCCCGGUAGAUGUAGACAUUCUCGAGCAGGCUCGUAACAACCCAGAGGUCAAGGUGUCGCUGGUUCUGCACCCUGAUCUCCGCAACCUGAAGGACAAACUAUCCACAGUUAACCAGGUUUUACAGUCACAUACCCAUAAAAGUGAGCGCUCUCGUUACCGUAGCAGCAUGAUAUCCGACGAUCCAAUCGUCCUACACAUGAGUGGCGAUGGUCGACCAAUAGGAAAUGUCAACAUUCAGGGGGGAACAACUCUUUUUGAUGACGAGGACUUGACAAACUAUAUAUCAGGAAGCGGCAGUGGUCAGGAUGAACCGAUCGAUACGGUUGUCGACACCGGGGGCUCACAGAAAAUCGAUGUUGUCUUGGAAGAUAAUAACGGAUUUAAUGGAGGAGGAGAGCCUAGUUAUGAAGUGAACCAGGGCGGAAAAUUAGGGCAGCCACCGCGGUCCACCCCUCGCCCAAACUCCAACAAACAAACUCCACGCUCAGCCGCCCCACCCUGUGGCGUACCUUCAACCUUCACAAUGUUGCUGGCUAUACUGUUGUACACUCUGCUUACACGGAGAUAGUGGAAAACUGGAUUGUUAGGGUGGAGCUAUAGUGGGAAAUUGGACUGUUGGAUUAUGUGGGAGAAGGAAGCAAAGGGCUCGGUCGAGUGCCACUCUUUCAAAAUAAACACAUAAUUGUGGCCAUUAUUUAAAUGCGUUUGUUUGCAGUAGCAGUAGUGUUUUGUGCUGUACCAUUCAAAAUAAACAACCCUACAUGGCCAUUCAAACAAAACAUUGGUUUGCAAUGCCAUGGAGUACGUAAUUAAAAAGGAAUAAAAAUUCUUAAUAAAUUGUUAGUUUGGUCAUACCAGAAUACAUUUUUAGGUGUUGGUAGGAACAUGUAGGUACAAGAUACAAGAAUCUUUAUUUAAAGUUGGGUAUAUGAUAACAAGAAACAUUAACUCAAUGAGCUAUUUUCUGAUAUGAAUAACAAACAUACAUGAUAAUACUCUGGUGACCUUGAAAUAAAAGUAUAUAGUUAAGGAGUAGGUGUUUUUUAUUUAUUGUUUUUUCUUCCUUAAUUCUGUAGUAAAAAGCAGACGAAAAUCAUCUUAAAGCUACGCAGAUGCUAAAAAUACUUCAGGAUUGUGGGUAUUUUUUUUAUAAAUUGUCACCUUAUCACAGUUUUUUAGUUUGAAUUUGUACAAAAUAACAUAUGACGUAAAUAUAUUUUGGUUUACCUAAAACCAUUGAAAGCAACUGCAAACAAACUUGUUUUAUUAAUGAAAGCCAUUAUUUCUUGUUGUCAAAUGGUGAAGCUUGAGGCAAUCCGACUUCAGUUUUUUAACAUUAAGAGUUUCCAUAGUUUCAUUACACCAUAAACUGUUUUAUGUUGCUUUUAUUUACUGAAAGUAUAUUUCAAGGAAUUAAGAAUUAAUGCAUAAAUGUCCUUACAUAAGUGAAAUCUCUUGUAUGUUUAGUACAGUCUUGCAUUCAUUUUGUCUUUUAACUUAUUUUAAUGCUUUUUCGAGGAACUUUAAAAUGUCAUAUAAAACAUAAUUUUACAUGUUUUAGAAUGCAAUUAAAUCAGUUUUAAAUAAGGCGUUAAAAUCUUAAAUACAUUUUAGUUUUUGUAUUAUAUAUUGUCAUUUCAUUAAAUUGAUUUUAAGGUAUAAAUUAUGUAUUUACUUCUUAUGAUUGUAAAAGAGAACAUCUUGUACUUUGUUGAAUAUGAAGUCAUAUUGUAUUUUGCAUAUAUAUUUCUCAAAAUGUGUUGUUAUCCAUCAGUUGUUAUAUUAUGUCUGUAAACAUAAUUAAUAAUAAUAUUUUGUAAAAAUAUAUAUAAUGUGUGAAACACAGAAGUUGUUAUAACUGUUUGUCUUGCAUGUUUAAGAUAAUGGCCUUUUCACAGAUAGUGUGCUGGUUCCCGUAUUUUACACUGCAUAUUUUCACUGGGAUACGUUCCUGAUUCUAGACAAUGUCAAUGUAAUUCAGACUAUCCCAAAAUGGAUAAUCUUUGUAGCGAUUUUGGGGAAAACUUCGGAAAGAACGGUAUCUGUGAAAAAGUUGAUGCAUGUAUUAUAAAAAAUAGUGUAUUAUUAUCAAAAAAAUUGUUUAUAGUUAUAUAUUGAUAAAGGUACAUGGAAGGAGGGAAUAUAUCGUAUGCGGAAAUAAUGUGUAAAUAUAAUUUUCAAAAGAGUCGCAUGUAAUAUGUAUAUUUAAAAUUUAAAAAGUGUCAUACAUUCGAUAAAUACGGGCCUUUUAAUAUGAGAUUUUGCAUAAAGUAAUAUCUUUACAUUUAUGUAUUUUAUCACACUCAUAGAUGGCAGUAUUUAAGCGAGGGAUGAUGAUUUUUUUUUAAGAGUUGCUAUUUAAUAUUGAAUUUAUUAUACAAGUUAUCUAAAAUUCCUGGAGCCGAGCCUUUAAAUCGCAAAGAAUGUUACAUUUUAUUUAUAUAUCAUAAUUUUAUCAGAAGUACCAUUUUGAUUAUUUACAACGCUAAUUGAAAAUAACGUUGCUACAUAUAUUUGCACACAUUUUCAACGCUAUUCAUUUAUGACGUCACAUCAAAAGUCAUUACAAAAGAUAUAUAUAAAAGAUAUAUAAUUAUGUUUUUUCAUGAAGGAAUAUACGAUCUGAAACAAUUUCAUUUUUUUUAUGUUUAUAUACAUAAUAGAUAAUAUUAUAUAAAUAAUAACAUAUAAAAAAAUCACCAUCCCUGACGAUACUCCUACCAUCACUCAAGGCAAUAUUACAUUGUUUUAUGAAAAAAAUCUAAAUAACUAUUAAUUUUUUUUUUUUUUUAAAUUAUUUAAAAAAAAGCAUUACUUCGUAAUAAAGGUUUUUGAACCAGUUAGAAAAGUAAUCACAUAUAAUUAGGUUUUACAAAAAUGAUGUAAUUUUCCUUACAGAAUCAUUGACAAAUCCUAUCUAUACACCAUAAAAUCUGCCUCCAUUUUCUACGAAUUCUCUUAAGUUUCCGCAGCCAAUUAAAACUGUUUAAGUUAUUCACAAAUUAACUUUUGGCUAGUUUGCGCCAAAAACCAAUCUGAUUGGUCAAAAAUAGUUAUUGAAUAAAUAUUGACCAAUCAAUAAACAUUUUGGCUAACUUUAACCAAACCAAAGAAUUAACCAGUUUUAUAUAAUUGGUUGCUGCUGUUUUAGUAUUUAAGCAGACAAAAGCAUGCUUUUUAUAGCAAUAAUGUUUUUUGUCCACUCAUGAAACAAAUUUGGCCAGUUUUAAACAGCAUUUUCCUCAGGUUUCGCAUACGGAUAAUUAAGUGUGUGAGAAAAAUCAUCAAGAAGUGUGAAAACUUACUAGAACUUACCAGUCAUUGUCCAUGGGAAGUGUGAAUUUUUUCAGUUUUAUUUUUAUUUGUAUUUUUGUUGUCAUUGUUUUUUAAGCUAAAAUGUAGAAAAUACCAAUUUAAUUAUUAUUAAUUGUAUAUCACAUGAGAAAUAUAACAUCUCAAAGGCCAAAACAAAAAAUUAUCCUGCAAAGUGAAUGCUACAUUAAAAUAUUCAGAAAUAUGGAAUCAAAAUCUAUAAGAGCAGUGAAAUAUCAAAAAUGUUAUAUUUUAACAGCAAUGAAAAUAACAGCAGUGUAAAUAACAUGAAAUUUCGCUGAAAAGAAUUAGAAUAAAUUUACAGUAACAAUCAUAGUUAUUUAUUGCAAUGUAUAUUAAAAUAUUGAUUACAUACAUGUACAGGUCAUGGACAAUGAUUGGCAAGAUUUUCUGGUGUUUUGGGUUGUUAUUUUUAAAAUUGUAUAUCAUAUAUUUUUGUGGGGGAAAAAUAUACAUUGAAAUUAAAUUUCAAUGUGUAUUAAUUGUACUAAUUAUGGAAAUGUUGCUAUAAUGUUUAAAAGACGUCUGUGAUGUGUAAAAAUGGAACUGGUUUUUUGACAGCAUGACAUGUAUUGUAUAGAUAUGUUUCAAAUUAAAACGAUGUUAACCUUCUUGACUGACAGUUAUUGUUAAGAUAAAUUUUGCGUCAACGGCGAAGCAUGGCCGAAACAGGGAUGACAAUACGUUCCCGAUCAACAGUGUUUGAACAACUUGUGUUGAGUCUUCAAACUUGGUAUUCACAUUGGUCAUUGUAGAUGACCUUAAUUUAUGGUCAAAGGUCAAGGUCAAACUGACCCUCACUUGAACAAAUAAUGGCGCUCCUGACAGGCUACUUUUUGAUAAACGUAGCUGAUUUAAAUGCUCAUAAUAAACCUCAUUCAUAUAGCUUUUUUGUAAAAAAAAGAUGUCUAUAUUUUCUCGGAAGAAAAAUAUUUUAGAAAUAAAUUGUUGUAAUACCAAUUAAACCAGCUACCAGAAAGCCAGUUCCAUAACUAGAAUAGGUAUUGUUAUUUUAAAGUUUUUUCAAGGAAGGUAUAUGAAAAUUAUUUUAACCUUUCUACGUAAUUUGUAUGAAUAUUGAAAUGUGAUUAGUUAAGAUUCUAAACUUAAGUUAAAAAAUAUAACUACAGUACUGAUUUUUAUUGAAAAUAAUAUGCUAGGGGGAGAAUUGCAAGGAAAAAAACAGUUUUUGUUGUUGUUUUUUAUCUAAAGAAUGAAUUUUAAGAUCCUUCUGAAAUCAGCGUGAAAUGGACUUGGAUUUUAUUGUCAGAAUCUUGAUACAAUCUUUAGUUAGUACACAGGCAAUAAUUGUAUCAUAUUAAGUAGAGAACCACCAUAUUCUAUAUACAGUCGAAACCCUUUAGCUUGAUAUCACAGGGACUGGCCAAAUACCUUGAGCCUCGCCAAUAUCGAGCCAAGCGUAAAUGCUUUCAAAAGUGUUCAACAAAAUCGUCCCUUUACAUCCAGUUUGAGCCAAUGAUAAAAUCAAGCCAAGUGAUAAUCAAGACGACUUGUUUCCACUGUACAGUAAAAUUUGGUACUGCUUCAUAUGUUUUUGUGAAAACAAGUUUUAUUUUGCAAUUUAAAAAAUAAAGUUAUUAGAUGAAUGUUUUGUUCUAUCAACAUCUUUAUUCAGUAAACUUGUCACAUUAAACGUUAGUUAUAGUUGGGAAAAGAGUUGGGGGAUUUUCAGAGUUCAAUUUUGACCUGUGAAAUUUGGAAAAUAAAUGAUGUUAUUUCAUUUUAUUAUAUUCCAGAAAAUUUUGUUAAAGCUAAAAGCUUCUGUAAAUUAUUUAUAAAACUGUAUAAACAUAAAGAAUUCAUUUUUGUCACAUAUAAUGGGUCAUUUUUUCAGAACUUUGUGUCAGUAAGCAUUAUGUCCUUACAUCAUAGUUAACUUUUUAACGUGAAAUGUUCACAUAUUAAAAUAUAAACAAUUACAUCUGAAACAAUGGUCUCAAAUCAUGUGAGAAAUACUGCAGAUCACAUUUAACUCUCAGAGCAGGAACAAGUUGGACUAUGACAACGAUGAUGCUAACAAAGUGGUUAAUUUAUCAAAGUUCUGACCAAUCGGCCCAUUAUUUAUGUUUGUAUGAUAGAAGUACAUAUGUUGAUGUAUAAUAGACGUGUGUUCUUGAACUAAUUUGUCUUUCAUUUAAAAUUUCACCACAUUCUCAUUUUGUGUCUGUAAAUAGCUUGAAAUUAUUUCCUUUGUCUAUAGUAAUCUUUUCAUCAUAAAUAAUUCUACAAUUUCAUAGAAGUAAUAACAUGACCAACUACAAAAUAGGAAAUAAGUCUGUUAAAAGUCCUCCAAGAUUAAAAUUUAAUUUGAUUUAUUAUUUGUAGUUUCCAUGGCAAUACUUCUUGUAGUUGAAAAGCAUGUAAACGUACAGAUAUUAUUGUUCAUAACAGCAGUUAGAUUUCGGGCUUUUAUCUUGUGCAUCUAAACAGCAUUUAUCAGGCCAAAAACAAUUAAUUGUUUGUUUAGGGUAACCUUCCAAAAUUUUUUAGGUAGGGUAGGUAGGGAUUUUUUUUUUUUUUUUUUUUUUUUUUUUUCAAAUUCUGUCGUAAGUUCAGAGUGUUUCCUUGCACAUGGCAGUCUUUCCUACAUUACUGUCAUUGCCUGACUUUGUUUUAUCAUAUUAACAAUAAUUCUGAUCGUCCAAUUCACAUUUAUCCGCCCUUAGUAACUCUCUAUUCGCUAACGAAUAUCUUUUUGCUCAGAAACGGAAAAAAAUAGUUAGGGUUGGCGCAUUUUUAUAGGUAGGGUCGGGUUACCCGAAACAGACAUAUUUUUUUUUUAGGCCUAACUGAAAGUUUGACUACUAGGAUUGUCUCUGUAGUUUUCGUUGUAAUGGUUAACAAUUACUACUUGGUAAAAAGUAUGUUGUUUGUAACUUAUCAUGAAAAAAAUCAAAAGAUAAAUUAGUCUAUUAUGUUGAAUUUUAUUUAAAAGACUUUUUGGAACCUUUACUCCAAAAUAAAAAAUUCUAAUAUGGUCCGACUUUGUUCUGUAAAUACAAAAUUGUUUUAAGUGUGAGAGACUUGGGCAAUCAUGAAAUGAUUGUCAUUGUUUUAUUUAUUUUAUUCUCUUAUGAGUCUUUGUUUGUAUUUUUUAUUUUAUUUUUGAUAUUUUACAUGGAUAAGAAUGGUUAUUCACAAUCUUCCCUUAAUGAUAAGAUAAAAACAAUGUUUAAAUUUGAACUGAUUUAUCCUCCUUUUAUAACUUAGCAAUAAUGUUUUUAAAUCUAAAGUAAGGUAUUAAUGACCAAACAUGUUUUAUAAUACUAUUUUUGAAACAUAGAACAAUGUUUUUUUAACCACCAUUUUAUAACUUUUAACUCUAACUUUGUAUGGACUUAAACUUAUUUGGUAAUACUAAUCCUAAGCCAUUGAGCUGUGAAAAGCCGAAAAAACAUUGAUAUUUUGACAAAAAACAACAACAGAGUAUAAAAGAAUUAUACACAUUUUGAAUUAAACAAACUAAAAAACAAAAUUAAAAACUAUAUAAUGAGCAAAACUACUGACUAGUUUUGCCUUUUAUUACAAAUUUGAAAUAUCAUAUAAACCCCAUUAUUUAUUAUAUUUUAAGUGGAAUUGUUUAAUCCUUCUUUUCACUAUUAAAUUUUGUGCUGAUAAAAGUUGUGCUUCUUCAUGUAUAUAGUUAAAAAUCAUUAUUAAGUAUUGAUGCCAUCAAACAUAAAUAUGUUACUUUGGAGACGCUUCAAAUAAAUGUAUAAAAAUCAA